AUGACAUCGCGACUCUCCCACCCAUCUCGAAGAAAGAAAACGCCUACAUCCGUACUGAAGUCUCCGAUCGACAUGCAUUUCAAAUCAGAGUUCGCGGGUAAUAGCACGACACCUCCAAAAUCACCCAUGUUGUCGGAAAUGUCAAACAUGGAGCCGCUUCCAUCGCCUUGGAUCAAGCCAUGCUCCCAGAGAGCCGAAGUCUCUACUGAAUCCGAGGUUUCACCCGUUCCCUUCGUGCCCACUUCUGAGGCCUUCCACAACCUCGAUCCCAUUACGGUUUUACUUCAACAGCCAAGCCACACCCCGCAAAUGAAAGAGAAUUCAAUGAGAGUUUCGGAUCUUACGGCCCUUCCAUUUCCUUCUUCCCGCACUUUGCCUGCGCCUACUGGAUUUACCAAAUACAUGAAAACGAUGAAGUCUGAAUCCCAACAGCUGGGCCCAACAAGACUGCCCCCAGCACGCCAGGUGUUUCGUAAACGUCGGGAAUUUCUCUUGGUUCAGGCCCUGAAAGACAGUAUAGUUAACUUUUCUAGAACGAACAUGGCUCUCCGUGCGUCUAUAGCUGAUGAGGUGAAGAAAGGUGUAGAGGGCAAUUUAACAGGCAUUGAAAAGGACCCUGUUCAGACCGUCCUGGCAGUAGGUUCUCAUGGAAGAAACUAUUGGAGCAAGGUUCACCAAGAAUGUCAUCAUGGCCGCGGCGAUUGGAAGAUUCAGCCUCUCCAUCAAAUCUACUCGAAGAAAGACAUCGAGAGGAUCUUGUUCUUUUGGGCUAUUCACCAGAGCACUCUUUCAUAUGGAGAAAUUGCUUGCAGACUACAUUUGCCAGUCGGAGCCCUUUUAUCGUGGAUACUGGGGUGCAUAGAUCGUGUACAGGAAGUCUGA